AUGAGUACUCUUCCCACUCCAAUUGCGUCCAUAUUGGGCGCCGUGGAUCCCCUGCAUGUAUACAUCGCCGGCGCCGCUUUCCUCGUCUGCGCACUCGUCGCGGUCGUCCUAUUCCUGUCCGGUCAAAAGAACAAGAUUAACUACGACAGUGGCGUGUUCACGUACUUGAAGUUUAUCUACGCGACCUUUCUCAAGCCCCAUGAGAAAGGUGGCAACAGCCAACAGGAUGCUCUCGAAAGCUUCUACAAGACCCAGGCAGGAGUAUAUGAUGCCACUCGCAAACGCCUGCUCUGUGGUCGAGAGGACAUGCUGGGUCUCGUCGCUGCUCAACUCAAGCACAAGGUAGAAAACAAAGAGACCAAAGCUGGAAAGCCCAUCUGGGUUGACGCACCGGGUGAGCGCCGACGACUUUUGAUCAACUAUCCCCGCAGCGUCCUAAUGGAACCUAGAUACAACAUCGAAGCCAUGUCCCGGUUUCUUCCCGUCAACAAGUUCUUCUCCCAGGUCUACUUGGUUGACCUCUCUCCCUCACUGUGCGAAGUUGCCCGUGAACGUUUCCAACGCUUGGGAUGGAAAAAUAUCUCCGUGGUUUGCCAGGAUGCUCGAACGUUUCGCCUGCCGGACAGCAGCGUGGAUCCUCGCGCGACAGAUGCUGGUGCAGAUAUCAUCACCAUGAGCUACAGCUUGUCAAUGAUUCCAGAUUACUACAGUGUCGUCGACUCCCUAACCUCUCUUAUGAAGCCUUCAGGUCUGCUGGGAGUGUGCGAUUUCUACGUCCAGAGCAUCGUGGAUGUCUCUUCCCGCAACUACAUCGGUGGCGCCUUCAACCGCCACGUCAACUACCUCAGCCGUGUGUUUUGGCGUGCGUGGUUUGACGUCGACCGUGUUAGCCUCGAAGCGGCUCGUCGGGACUAUCUCGAAUACCGCUUUGGAACCGUCAUCUCCGCUAGUGAAAGAAACUAUCUUCUCGGAGGAAUCCCCUAUUACAUCUUCAUCGGCUGCGCCAAAGACAUCUCAUCUGCCCAGUCUGGUCAAGACGCCAUCGAGAAGUUGGAUGCCUCGUUUACUGAGUCUCCAUACCUGUCGCCUGCCAAACACCGCCAGGAGAUGGACAAAGCCAUCGAAUCAAGCACUCAAGAAGUCCGGUCCAAAGCGUACGAGUCGGCUGUUGUCAACCUGGGCUCCAACCUCCCUCUUCCUUCGUCUUUCUAUCAGAACCACCACUAUCGGAUCUUCUACAACGACCUGCUUCCCAAACACACACAGUUCCAGAACGAGUACAUCUACGCCUUCAACUGGGAAGAUCCUCGCGUGGACCACCAGCUGCUCAACAUCAAGCACGACGAUGUGAUCCUGGCCAUCACCAGCGCCGGAGACAAUAUUCUUGACUACCUUCAGAAGAGCCCUCGCCGCGUCCACGCGGUUGACCUCAACCCGAACCAGAACCACCUGCUUGAGCUCAAGGUGGCUAGUUUCAUUGCGCUGGGUCAUCGUGACGUCUGGAAGAUCUUUGGCGAAGGAAAACACGCCGACUUCCGCCAACUGCUCAUUGGCAAGCUGAGCCCCCAUCUCUCCAGCCAAGCGUUUCAGUACUGGCUCGAGCACACUCACAUCUUCACCUCCUCUUACAGCCGCGGUCUCUACGAGACUGGCGGAUCCCGUCACGCCAUCAAAAUGGUCCGCUAUCUGUUCAAGGUCUUCGGACUGGAGGGCCAGGUGCGCAAGCUGUGCGAGGCUCAGACGCUGUCCGAACAACGUGCUAUCUGGCCCAAGAUCCGCUCCGUGUUGAUGAGCAAGCCGCUGCACUGGGCGGUGGUCGGGACGGAAUGGUUCGCGUGGAAGGCCGCCGGCGUGCCCCGAAACCAGCGCAAUAUGAUCAUCGAUGACUUCUUCAAGCGCAACGGCCUGAACAAGAGCAUGAAGCAGGCGAAAGACAUCAGCGGCCAGUCGAUCUGGGAAUAUGUUGUUGACACGCUGGAUCCCGUCGUCAAGGAGACCAUGAUCAGCAACGACAACUAUUUCUACUACCUGUGUCUGCAGGGACAGUUCUCGCGAAGAUGCCACCCCGCCUACCUCUCACCCAAAGCACAUGUGAAACUUUCUUCCCCGGGUGCUUUUGACGGUCUCCGCAUCCACACAGACGAGAUCAACGAGGUGAUUAAGCGCAUCACCCCUAGAAGUCUCACCAUUGCGGUUAUCAUGGAUUCUAUGGACUGGUUCGACCCCGAGAGUACCGACGCCUCAGUCCAGGCACAGAAGCUGAACCACGCCCUGAAAAUGGGCGGUCGCAUUCUCCUCCGCUCCGCCAGCAUCGAGCCGUGGUAUGUGAAGAAUUUCGAAGAGAAUGGAUUCACGGCACGUCGUGUCGGCGCCCGGUUCCCGGGAACCUGCAUUGAUCGGGUAAACAUGUACGCGUCGACCUGGAUCUGUACGAAGACGAAAGAGAUCGAGAGCGAGCGACCCACUGCUGAUCGAUCCAUUUCCUCCUUAUCGCUGAGCGAUAGCAGUAGCAAGCGGUCGAGCGUGGAUCAUCUGGAGAUAUGA